AUGGUGCUGCUUACCAUGACGGCUGCCAUGGUGGGGGCAUUGGAGAAGAUUCAGGGUGGCGGGCGAGCGGCAGAACAAAACGAUUCGCUUCGCAACGACAAUGUUCUCACAGCAGGCAACGAUGGCAGCAACGGGAGGAAUAGCGAGCAGACGCAACAGCAUACAGAGAAUAGACCUGGAGAAGCAGAAAGAAAGUCUGCAGCGUCAGAAAACUCGUCGUGUUCGAAAGAGAAUCCAGAGAGCAAUGCGCUGGGGGAACCAACCCUUUCAAAUCCAAGAAUAGGCAAUCCAAUAUCCCAUGGGCAAAUCGUGGACCUUUCGCAGAAUAUGAAAGCUCAGAAGCUUCGACCAUAUCUUCUGGAGGAGUUGCUCAAAGGUGCUAGAAUGUACAAUCCUCCACCGCCACCCAAGCCCGAACCUACUUCCGAGUAUAAAGCCCUCAUGGCACGACUCCGACGUGAAGAAGAAGCCCGCACAUAUGAACGAAUGACGAACCCUCCUCCUCCUAUGGAAACCUUCUCCCAGAGAUUCCCUGCUGCCUCUGCUGCGAGAGCCUUUGCCUCCAGUCACCAGAAUAUCAAUACAUCAGAUCCGGACGAUGACGAAGUUACAUAUGCGGAUGUAGACAGGCAAAUGGCUCUGAUAUUCAAUGUUCUGAUCAGUAUUGUUGCAUGUGCGGCAGCUAUCUGGAUUGCUGCCAAGUGGUGGAGCACACCUGCGAGACUGGCAUUGAGCAUGAGUGGUAGUGCUUUGGUUGGUGUCGCCGAAGUGAUAGUUUAUUCGGGAUAUCUUAGACGAGUGAGCGAGGCGAAAGGGAAGGAGAAACAAAUCAAAGAAGUCAAGGAGAUUGUCAACACGUGGGUCGUUGGAGCUGGAAAUGGCACUGAAGAAGCGACUGAGGAUAAUUCUGUUGCCAUUGAGUCAAAAGAGAUUGACCAAGGCUUGAGGGCGAGAAAAGGGAUAAAAGACGUCUCUUAA